UGGCAGCAAUAAGCAACACGAAGAAGAAUCUCACGCAAACUGUCUUCAAAAGUUGGCAUUCCUGUGUGUUAGAAAAUAGGACGGAUUGUCAGUUGCUAGCCUAUUUUUAGUACAUUAUCCAUAUAGUAUAUUAUUUAUGGUAAAUUCUAUGCUAGUCUGUUAACUAGUUGUUAUUUAAUUUUCCCGUUGUUGAUUUGAUAGCAGCUAGCUACAGGAACUAGGUAUAGUCUGUUUAGCUAGCCUAACGUUAGCUAACGUAACUGUUGGUCAGUUACACCAGCUCAGAAGAAUAUGCAGCUAUGUUGUCAUUGAUGUUUAUUGCUCUGUUGGAUUUAUUUAGGGUGUCUGUUUCUGGUGUAAAAGCCCCGAGUUCUCUGUAGUUGGUUAGCUAGCUAUUCCAUUGGCUAACGUUAGACAUUUUAACAUGAAGACGUCAACAAGUGCGGUCGUGAUGCACAUCUUCACUGUUGCUGUAUGCAGCCUAUUGCUGGUUGCUCAAGGGCAGAUGGACGACGACGAAUGGCUUGAUCCGCAUGAUAUGUUGAACUACGAUGCAAGCUCAAAGACCAUGAGAAAGCCUGCUCAACCUGCUGAGCUGAACAAUUACCCUAAUGUACCCACCAAAAGAAGGGAAUACAGCCAGGAUUUGGAUCAAAUGGAAGUAAGGGAGUGCAACAACAAAGUGGAAGGGUUACAAAGAGAGAUUGAAGAGUACAAGAAGAAGAUUACACAGGUUGCACAGCAGCCGUCAAGCAACCCAGUGUUCAAGCGAUUCCUCACCAAGCUUCUGAAGGAGAUUGAAAAAGUUGGCCUGCCCACCGAUGUCAAGAAUGAUAUCCACUACGACGCCAAAGUGAAACUGUCUCGGCAAGCGGUGACGGAGAUCCGGAAGCUUCUGGAGGGAAUGGACACCUGGAGAACGGGGGCUCUGGACAAUGCCCUCAGUCAGAUCCUGGUGGAUCUCAAACCACAUGACUACGAGGCCUGGAGAUGGCACUUUGAGGACACCUUUGGUGUGGAGAUCGACACAGUCAUGAAGGUGUCUGUGUGGGUCUUAAUCAUAGUGGUCAUCAUCUGCAGCGAGCUGUGGUCUACAGUCUCUUGGUUUGUCCAGUUCAAGAGAAUCUUUGCCAUCUGCUUCCUCAUCAGUCUGGUCUGGAAUUGGUUCUAUCUCUACAAGAUUGCGUUUGCCGAGCACCAAAACAAAAUGGUGAAGAUGGAGGGCGUCGACGCAAAAUGCACUGGGAGGAAGAAAAUUGACUGGUGGGAUAAUUUGAAGGAUUGGUACAGAGGUGCCAUGACUCUCCAAGACGAUCCCUGUAAGAUGUACUACGAAGUCCUCAUGGUCAACCCCAUCCUUCUCGUACCACCAACUAAGGCUAUCACUAUGACCAUCACCACCUUCUUCACGGAGCCUCUGAAGCACAUUGGUCAGGGGAUCAGCGAGUUCCUACGAGCCCUCCUCAAGGACCUACCUGUCACCUUGCAGAUCCCUGUGCUCAUCACCAUCGUGCUCUCCAUCCUGGUCUUCAUGUAUGGCAGCGCUCAGGCCGCUAUCCAGCAUGGCAUCACCAGACCGCUGCGUGUCGGUGGGCCCAGGGAUCCCUCUCCCCCCGCCUUGGAUCAGCCCAUGCCUGAGGCCCGUCUGAGAGGGACAGACCACAACCCACAGGCAGGGGGGGACGCCCCUCAAUACUCCCCUCUCCCGCUUAAACGCCGACUAGGACCAGCAGCCAACCAGGGGGCUCAGGACAGGACCUAUGUCGGCCAGAGGAGCCCCCCCCCCAGGGCGCAAAAGGAACCGACCAGGAGGUACGUGGAGACCCUGAGGAACACCGACUGGCGGUACAGCGAGGACAAGAUUAUCUCAGAGUGUUGGGACGAUUUCACUGAUGCAGCGGAUACCAACCCGCUAACGGUAGAGGGUAAUACCAACAUCCAGGCAGAUAUGCAAGAAGAACCAGUUGAAGUUGGAUCCACAACAGAAGGCAAUGACUCGCAAGAAGUUAAACCCUCUCCAGUGAAAGCUAAAGCCAAACCAGAUGAGGAUGUGGCAUCUGACUCUAAAGGGGCAGCUGAUAGCAUGGCUGAGCACCAGGCUGAGUAUACUGGAGGUCGCGCCAGCCCAGUGCAUGCCACUCCAGCAAGUGGUCUCGGGCACGAGCAACAUGACAAAUUCUUGAAACACGAACCAGAGAGUAAUCGUACGCUUCAGACCCACCCUGCUAACGCAGCCAGUGUAGCAGGUUUCAUUGACAACAAUGAGAGCGUGUCAGUCGCUGCUCAGCUUAAGUAGCACAUCCAGUGUAGCAGGUCUGUUAGGCCAAUACUUAGAAUGAAGCCUAAGCGGUAUGCUAAUGGAUAUUGGAAACUGUUUCUGGGUACAGUCAGUAAGCCCCCUGUCCUUGUAUGUUAAAAUGCCUACCACAGCAUUUUACAUUGGAUGAUUCAGAUUCUACAUAAAUUGGUAAAUAGUACCUUCUCUUAAAUCAGCUAAUUCAGUGUUUUUACAUUUGUUAUCCUAAUUUUCUUUUUGCUGUCUCUUUCACAUUUUUCUUGCUUUUGUUUGUGUGCCUGGUCAAUGUGCAUGUACUGUCAACACAUAACACCCAUGUUUAUGAAUGACGUAUGUGUGUUGUGCAAUAAUCCUGUCACUGUUUUGUGGCAACUCUCCUUAUCUUCUGAAAUGAUGCAGCAUGUAGGCCUAGCCUGUAAAAUAAAGACAAGACUAACUAGAUAGCCAA